AUGAAGAUUUCUAGAACCGCAUGGUACGCGGCGGCGGCGGAGCCGGACGCCUGCAGCGACGCGUGGUUCCGGUGCUCGCCGCCCCCGCGCAGGCCGCCGGCGCCGGCGGGGCAGAACCUGCCGGCGGGCCAAGGCGGCGUGCUCGGGCUGCCGUUCCAGUCGGGCCUCGUGGCGAGCGGGGACCCGCGGGACCUUCGCUUCGACCUCUCAACCGCCUUCGCGUCGGGCCCGGCGCUCCGCCUCUCGUACCGCCCCAACGACCCAGCCCUCCCCUUCGCGCACGCCAUCCACGCGGGGCUCAAUUGGGGCAUGCGCGUGCCACCGACGCCGCCAGUCUCCGACCCCGCGGACCUUCGACAUGCCGGCGCCAGUUCCAUGCGGAUCUGGGCGUGACGCGUCCGGAUCUCGAUGGGCUAGCACCAGAUCUGGCGCGGCGCCCGCAGCCUCUCGGCGCCGGCGGUGCUGGACGGGGACCCAUGGUGGCCUUGCCGUCGAGGGUCGUUCAUCCUGCGCAGCCACGGCCGUCGACCAGGAUGUGGGGAGGGCGGGAGGCACAGCCACAGCCAGCGGCGGCGCCCCCUGCGAAACAAGUGGUGCACCGGCGGCCUCGUCCUGGUUAAGCUCCAGACCCGGCCUCGCUCGGAGCAGCGGUCGAGGUGCUCCUGCUGGGGACCUGCUGGUGGGUGGCGGCGGAGGCGAGCAGGAGCGGCGUGAAGUGGAACGGCCGAAGAUGCUGAG